CCAAAUGUCAAAACAGUUGAAACCCGUAAACAUUGCGGUGCGUGAUUUUGAAACAGCUCAGUCUGGUGAGUGGAGUUUCGUGAUUGCAUAAACAGGCUGAUUGGUGGUAAAAUAGUCCGGAUGGCGUCUUUGGCCAGGUUAUUUCAAAAUUUGGCAAUCAAAUCGAUUGCCAAUGAUGUGCGUGCAAUAAAAGUAUCGAACAUUUCCACUGAGAGCUUAGCCCGGGUGAUGAAUAAACCUAAACCGGGAACGGGGAAAGCUUAUCGUAGAAUCGUCCACUAUCCGGAGCAAUACACCGUGGAACCACUGAAGGUAACCAAUUUGGCCGGCCGAGAUCCCGACACGGGACGGCUCAUUGCUAAAGGCAUUGGCGGUGGCAUCAAGCAUAAAUAUCACUGGAUAAAAUGGGUUCGCGACGGGCCCCUGGAAGGACCACCACAGAUCGAAAAGGUUAUCGACGUGAUCCACGACGGGUGCCGAACAGCGAAGGUAGCGCUGGUCGCCGUAGGAGAUGAACUGAAGUAUAUAAUUGCCACAGAAAACAUGAAGGCUGGAGAUUUGAUCAAAACAUCGAGAUUCAUCCCCAGGAUUCCAGUGCGUGCCAACGAGGGAGACGCAUACCCACUAGGGGCACUUCAGGUCGGAACGCAGAUUCACUGCUUGGAAAAAUACCCUGGUCAGCAGUGUCAUCUAAUUCAUUCGGCCGGAACCUAUGGAACUAUACUGCGCAAGUUUGGUGACCUGGUAGUGGUGCAACUUCCAUCGAAGCAGGAAUUUGCUUUCCACCAAACGUGCAUGGCUACCGUUGGACGUGUUUCGAACAUCUACCACAACAAAACUCCGAUUGGUUCGGCCCAGAAGAACCGUGAGCUGGGUAAUCGUCCCCGGUCGGGAUUAUGGCACAGAAAGGACGGUCGACAUGGGCGCAAGAUUCGUAAGUUGCCGCCCAUGCGUGUGAUUGCGGCCCCAUCAGAACCUGCGGCACAACCUAUUACCUUUACAGUAAAAGUGUAAACGAGGGAUUUGAAUAAAUGCAUUGAACGUAUGUAAUUCGUUUUAAGUA